AUGGCUCAGAUGGCGCUGGGCAGGCAGGCAGUGCAGACAGCGCUGGGCAGGCAGGCAGUGCAGACGGCGCUGGGCAGACGAGCAGUGCAGGCGACGUUGGGCAGACGGCCGACUCUGACCUGCUGAGGCGCACAGUAGGCCUGGUGCGUGGUGCCGGAACUGGUGGUACCGGACUGGAGACACGCACCUCAAGGCUAGUGCGGGGAGCAGGAACAGGGCACACUGGACUCUCAAAGCGCACUAUAGGCCUGGUGCGUGGUACCGGAACUGGUGGUGCCGGGCUGAGGGCACGCACCUCAGGGCGAGUGCGGGGAGAAAGAACAGUGCGUACAGGGCUCCGGAGACGCACAGGAGGCUUGGUGCGUGGUGCCGGAACUGGAGGUACUGGGCUGGAGACACGCACCACAGGAAGAGUGCGUGGAGGAGGAACAGGGCUCUGAAAACGCACUGGAAGCCUGGUGCGUGGUGUCGGCACUGGUGGUACUGCUCUGGGGCGGAAAAGUGGCGCCGCAUAUACCGGACCGUGCAGGCGUACUGGCUCCCUUGAGCACCGAGCCUGCCCAACCUUACCUGGUUGAAUGCUCCCCGUAGCCCGACCAGUGCGGGGAGGUGGAAUAACCCGCACUGGGCUGUGUUGGCGAACCGGGGACACCAUGCGUAAGGCUGGUGCCAUGUACACCGGCCCGAGGAGACGUACUGGAGGCCAGAUAUGUUGAGCCGGCUUCAUGGCACUUGGCUCAAUGCUCAAUCUAGCCCGGCCAGUGCGGAGAGGUGGAAUAACCCGCACCGGGCUAUGCACACGUACAGGAGACACCGUGUGCUCUUCCGCAUAACACGGUGUCUGCCCGUACUCCCGCUCUCCACGGUAAGCAUGGGAAGUGGGCGCAGGUUUCCUACCUGUCUUCGCCACACUACCCUUUAGCCCCCCCCCCCAAGAAAUUUUUGGGGUUUCUUCACGGGCUUCCAGCCACGCUUCCGUGCUGCCUCCUCAUACCACCGCUCCUGGACUUUAGCUGCCUCCAUCUCUUCCCGAGAGCGGCAAUAUUCUCCAAUGUGAGCCCAGUGUCCUUUUUUUUUUCCUCCAAAAUUUCCUCCCAUGUCCAGGAGUCCUGUGUAGUUGGCCGCUGCUGUUGUUGUCGCUGCCCGUAGCUACGCUGCUUGGUCCGAGUUUGGUGGGUGGUUCUGUAACGGCAGUCUAGCUCGUCCUCCUCAUCGGACGAGGAGAAGCGAGAAGGAUCGGAGGACCAAUGUGCAGCGUGGUAAGUUUCCAUGAUUUAAUAUACACGAAAACUAGACAAGAUACAAAAUGUCACGCCCUGGCCUUAGUAUUCUUUGUUUUCUUUAUUAUUUUAGUUAUGUCAGGGUGUGACAUGGGGAAUGUUUGUGUUUUGUCGGUUUUGGGUGGUUAUAUGGUAAAGGGGGUGUUGGGUGUAGUGUAUGGGUUUGUGUUGAGUGAAUGUGUCUAGCUGUGUCUAUGGUUGAGUGUAGGUUCUAGGGAAGUCUAUGGUUGCCUGAAUUGGGUCUCAAUUAGAGACAGCUGGUUAUUGUUGUCUCUGAUUGGGAGCCAUAUUUAAGGCAACCAUAGGCUUUAGCUGUUUGUGGGGAAUUGUCUAUGUCAGAGUGUUUAGUGUCAGCACUUCUGUUUGUAUAGCUUCACGGUCGUCUGUUUUGUUGUUUUUGUAGUUUGUAUAGUGUUUGUUUCAUUUUCGUCUUCUUUCGUUAAUAAAGAAGAUGUACUUUCCACGCGCUGCAUGUUGGUCCUCACUCAGUCCCUUUGACGAUCGUGACACAAAACAACAAAAGAACUAACCGUCACAGUCCCGUGUGGCACAAACACUGACACAGAAAACAACCACCCACAAAUCCCCAACACAAAACAAGCCACCUAUAUAUGAUUCUCAAUCAGGGACAACGAUUGACAGCUGCCUUUGAUUGAGAACCAUAUUAGGCUGAACACAGAAACAGACAAACUAGACACACAACAUAGGAUGCCCACCCAGCUCACGUCCUGACCAACACUAAAACAAGCACAACACAUAAGAACUCUGGUCAGGAUGUUACAGACAGUCCAUAAAUCCAUCCAUCCUGUGUCCAUCUAUAGAAACACAGAUAGUUUCACUACGUAAGAGAGGAACAGAGAAAUAGUCCAUAAAUCCAUCCAUCCUGUGUCCAUCUAUAGAAACACAGAUGGUUUCACUACGUAAGAGAGGAACAAAGACAGAGAAGGAUAGGAAGCUUACGUAGUGAAAGGUUGCUCUUUUUAGAAUAAGCUCCUCUCUCAUUCUCCCUCAUCGUUUGGGUCAUCAUAGGCUAGUUGUUCCACAGACUCUGUCGUUAGAUGUGUUUAGUACCAAUGGACGAACACUAGAUGGCUAAAAAACACCAUCAGCAUCACCAACCAUGGAGAGAUACAGGGUGAACAGGCUUUUGUUCUAGCCCAGCACUAACAAACACUAAUUUAACUCAUUCAGGUCUUGAAGAGCAUGCAUUGACAAAUCUUAGUCGCACACAUGCAUACUACAUACGCUAGCCCCACCCAUCCUCCCCACUUGACAGUAUUUUUAGCUGAAACCUGAUCCCUUCAGCAACAGAGAAUAAAGGCAACACUGCAAAACCCCUGCCUUUAACUAGCUCCGUGGACACACACACUAACCCGUUCUGACAUGCAGACAUGCACACUGUGACGCAGACACGCAGCAGGACGUUACGUACACAUGGGGACACACCCGUCUACAGUCCAGUAAGGAAAAUAAAAGAAUGAGACGUGUGAGCUGAGGGCUGAAGUUAUUCUCCACCAAUCUGGAACAGAGUUCCAUUACAGAGACACACUGCAGCAGACAUUACGGAUCCAUAUUCAGCUUCAAGACUUCUAAAGGAUGAAGAACCUUAAACUUCUCAUCCUCUCUCUCUCCAUCUGCCUGUUGCUGGGCAACCUGGGGGUGAGUGGCUUCAGUAAUGUCGAACCCUGCCAACGGUCCCGAUGCAAUAACUGCCAUGAAAAGUUCCUAUACCGACAUGUGCGUCCAAAUACCCCGUUAACGACGGACCGAAACGCGUGGGAGAAGUAUCUACGUGAAGAAAAUGACUGCUCAAGACCCACGCAGUCCUUCCUCCAUCCCAAAGACCGGGAGAGGGUGGACGCGGUCUGCUCCAGCUCUGGGGGAAAGACGUACCAGGGGAACCUGUGCAUCAGCCAAAGCCCGUUCACAUUUCUAACAGUGAGGAGUGAGACUGGGACCUGCGGCGUGUCCAGCGUGCGAGAAGAGACCAAGCAUUUGAUCCUGGCAUGUGAGGUGCUGGAGAACAGGUGUGUGCCGGUCCACUUCGAGGGGAACCGCGAGGGGAGCAAGCCCGACAAUAACGCUGCAGGAUGUGGCAGCACGGAGAAAGGGAAGGGCUCAAGCUUCAAAGUAUCAGGAAUGUGGCUGGCAUCUUUAUUGAUACUCAUGUUUCUCUCACAACUCCUUUUCUGAACAGUUAAUGUGGGGGGGGG